AUGAAGUUCAGCCCAAGAGUGAGCUCGUCCCGGCGCAAGUCGCGGAAGGCGCACUUCACGGCGUCGUCCAGCGAGCGCCGCAUCAUCAUGAGCUCCAGCCUUUCGUCCGAGCUGCGCAACAAGUACAACGUGCGGUCGGUGCCGAUCCGCAAGGACGACGAGGUGCAGGUGGUGCGCGGCACGUACAAGGGGCGCGAGGGCAAGGUGGUGCAGGUGUACCGCCGCAAGUGGGUCAUCCACAUCGAGCGCAUCACGCGCGAAAAGGUCAACGGCGCGACGGUGAACGUGGGAGUGCAUCCGUCCAAGGUGGUGAUCACGAAGCUGAAGCUGGACAAGGAUCGCAAGGCGCUGCUGGACCGCAAGGCCAAGGGCCGCCUCGCGGACAAGGGCAAGGGCAAGUACACAGAGGAGACCGCGCAGCCCAUGCAAGACGUCGACUAA